CGAUUUACCGUGUGGCACCAUUUGUCAAUGUUUUCAUCUGCUCCUUUAAAUACUUGAAAGAACAAUAAUAAAUAACAUGCCGAAAGUACUUAACAAAUUAGUUAAUACAGUAUAUUAUUUUACACAUCAUAAAUUUGUGCCAGUAUCUUUGAUUAUUAGAAAUAUGGCCACCGUGAAACGAUUUUAUAAAAGGACAAAUAUACUUUCGAAUGAUGACAAGUUUGAGGUUACGCUGGACCAGAGGAAGCUGAAGACACCGCAAGGUAGGAUAUUCGAAGUGAAGAGCAAACCUCUGGCUUUAGCAGUGGCUGCCGAAUGGGAUGCUCAGAAGGAGAUCAUCGAUAGAGGGAGUAUGCAUCUGACAUCUUUAUGCAAUACUGUUUUAGACAAUCCUCACAAUCGUACCAAGAUAGACCUGGUGAAUUACAUUGUGAACUGUUUAGAAAUGGAUACCAUUUUGUUUUACUCAAGUGAAGUGGAUGAACUGUAUCGGUUACAAAUUGAAAAAUGGGAACCUAUAGUUCAUUGGUUUUGCAAGCAUUACAAUGUAGAUAUCACAAGAACUCAAAGCAUACAGGCACCUACAGUUUCUAUGGAAACCAAAGCUACAUUAACGAAACAUUUAUUGUCACAUAAUUUUAAUAGCAUUUAUGGUCUCAUGUAUGCUGUAGAUGGAUUGAAAUCAGUUAUUUUAACUCUUGCCACAGCUGCAAGAAUAAUUAAUAUUCCAGAAGCUGUAAGUCUUUCACGCUUAGAAGAAGAAUAUCAGAUGUCUCAUUGGGGUAAUGUGGAGUGGCAUCAUGAGUACAGCAAACAAGACUUGCAGGCUCGUCUAUCGGCGGCGAUGUUAUUCGUAUAUUUAAAUUCUCACUCCUCCACUUCUCGACCCAAAAAUAACGCGUCUAAUGUAAGCUAAUCUUAUAUAAAUUAUUAAAAAACCACUAAUAGAUAUAAAAUUUGUAAAAACAACAUAUUCACUGUAAUAUAUAUAACAUUGUAACAUCGAUGCUGAUCGAUCACUUUCUUUGUGUUAAUUAAUAAGAAUAGAGAUAAUUCUUUAU